GACUUGUGUCAGCUGAUGUUCUCUUGCACUCUUGCCUCCAGACCCAACAGAGCCUGUGCCCUGCUCUAGAACAAGGGAAGGGGAUCGAGAGCGAGCAAAGGAGAGUGCCAUGGCUGAGUCGACUAACAUGAGGCUUCGCCUGCCGCUCAUUUGCAUCAUCUUGGAAGUCAUCCUCAUCAUUCUUUUUGGAGUACUGGUGGAGUACAACGAUGACACUGAUGCCAAGAAGUGGAAUAAAAACAAUUCUACUGAUCCUGCCACGAAUGAGUUCUACUAUCGCUAUCCCAGUUUCCAGGAUGUUCAUGUGAUGAUCUUUGUGGGCUUCGGGUUCCUGAUGACAUUUCUGCAGCGCUAUGGAUUCAGUAGCAUGGGAUUUAACUUUCUCAUCGCAGCCUUUUCCCUUCAGUGGGCAACACUUAUGCAGGGGUUUUUCCAUGGCAUGCACCAUGGCAAGAUCCACGUUGGUGUGACAAGCAUGAUAAACGCAGACUUCUGCACUGGUGCUGUGCUGAUCUCUUUUGGAGCCGUUUUGGGAAAGACCAGUCCUGUGCAGCUUCUUGUUAUGGCUGUUUUGGAGGUGACAUUGUUUGCUGUUAAUGAGUACAUCCUGCUUUCCAUCCUUGGGGCUAAUGAUGCUGGAGGAUCCAUGACCAUUCAUACAUUUGGUGCAUACUUCGGCCUAAUGGUAACCCGUAUCCUCCACAGACCAAACCUGGACAAGAGCAAACACAAAAACUCAUCUGUCUAUCACUCUGACCUCUUCGCCAUGAUUGGUACCAUCUUUCUGUGGAUGUUCUGGCCCAGCUUCAACUCAGCCAUUACGCAGUACGGGGACCCACAACACAGAACUGCCGCAAACACCUACUACUCUCUGGCCGCCUGCACACUAGCGACCUUCGGGUUUUCUUCACUAGUCAAUCCAGAGGGCAAACUGGACAUGGUGCACAUCCAGAAUGCCGCACUGGCUGGCGGUGUUGCGGUGGGUACGGCUGGAGAGAUGAUGCUGACUCCGUUUGGCUCCAUGAUUGUGGGAUUCCUAGCUGGAACUAUUUCAGUUCUGGGAUACAAAUAUCUUACGCCAUUUAUGGAGUCAAAACUGAAGAUUCAGGACACUUGUGGUAUUCAUAACCUGCAUGGAAUGCCAGGAAUUCUAGGAGCUAUAGUGGGUGCUGUCACUGCUGCCUUGGCAUCCAGGGAUGUAUAUGGAAAUGGACUAGACAACGUUUUCCUUGAAGCUGCCGAAACUUCUCAUUGGAGCGCUCACACGAAGGGUGGCUUUCAGGCCAUUUCCCUGGCUGUCACACUGGGAAUAGCUCUGCUCGGUGGUCUAAUUACAGGCUUUUUUCUGAAGUUGCCGAUCUACGGUACUCCUCCAGACACGCAGUGCUUUGAGGAUGCAGUCUACUGGGAGGUGCCAGGUGAGGAGGAAGAUCACCAUGAGCUAAACGAAGUGAGCACGCGAAACGAAUUGGAAAAACUCAACAGCUAAAUGACCUGCUUUCUGACCGGUUUGCAUUUGCUCAUUACGUCAUGUGUUUUACUUCAUACACUAUAAAAAAUCCAGGGUUCCACACAAUCCAUUCAUGUUGUGCUAUCUUAAUCACAAAUUGAUUAAGAUAACGUAACAAAUUUAAGUGGAUUGAAUAUAAAACAAUUAGGUUGUCCCCAAAAGAAAAUCUGAAGAAUUUUUUAAAGAUUAUUUUAAAUAGUUUCAAGAAUCAAAAUCUUUUUUUAAUAGAAAUGCAUAAAGCUCUGUUAGCCGUGACGUUCUAUGCAGGUGCUAUUCAUUGUACUUUUCAAAUAAAACCGCAACUAUUAUUAUCAAUAAGGUUUUAGGCCUGUAGCCAGAGGGGUUCGGUGGUUCGAAAGACCUACCUUCCACUGGCAAAGGUGCAAAAUGUGCCAUUGGUCCAGACAAUGCAGAAUAUGACAUAAGUGAAAUCACCUUACUCUUGGGAGAAAAUAAUUGACCAAUAAAAAAGAUCCAAAGUACCAAAAGUUGCCCAUAUUUAAGUUAAUUUUAAUACUAACAACUGUUGUUGUUAUCCAUGAAUUUACAAACUUUCAAGAGAGGCUAGACAAAAAUCAUGAAGCUCUACAUUAGGCUUUAAUUGUUUUUUAUUCAAAUGGCCAAAUUCUGACUGAGGAAAGCUAAAUGUGCUGGCCAGGUUGUUUUUUGCCUAAUAAAUUACAACAGGCUACAUUUUUUUCUACAUUGUAAAACCCAAUAGGUUAAGGUAACUCAAACUAUUUGAGGGAACCGAUUGCAACAAACCAUUUAAGUUCAAAAUCUUAUUUUAAAGAGUACUGUGAACUUAAUACAUUUGAGUAAAUGAAGCAAUCUGAGCACAAUAAAACCCAAUAAAUGAAGAGAACUCAAACCAACUGAGUUUGAGGAAACCGAUUGCUACAAACCAUUUGAGUUAAAAACUAAUCUAUAUGGGUACUGUAAACCUACUCCAUUUACGUUGAAGUAAUGAGGUAUUUAAUUAACUCUUUACCUUCAACACUGAGUUCAAAACUCUUUUCAAAUGAGUAGAAUUAACUUUCAGUCAAUUUUGAGUUAACUACACUUAUUUAAUUUAAUAAAGUUGACUGUUGGGUUUUACAGUGUAACGAUAUAUGGUGUAAUAACUUUGUAUUUGAAAAUAUGUUUUUUUUUUUGUUUUUGUUUUCGGUACAUCAAAACUAUUCUAUUCUGUUAUGUAACAAGCUAAUCCAGCUAAAAUAGUGCUUAAAACGUCACUAAAUUGAGUAUUUAAACCUCACAAUUAAAUUAAAAAAAUUACGUGAAUAACUGCAAAAAAAGUCCACUUUUUGAGAAAAAAAGAACCACCCCUUUUACCAGGCUGGCUACGGGCCUACGUUUGAUGUAUUUUUCUAAAGACUGAACAACGAACCUGUGUUUCCAUAUAACACCACAAGAUGGUGGCGCAGAGCUGCGACUGGUCAGGCUGAUUAUUCACAUCGUGAAAUAAUUGCUGGAAUGGCGAAAUACAGCUUAAAUAUAUAAAGCAUCUUUUGAAUAUAUUUGAAAACAGGGAGAAUGUAUGCAGAAAUGGCAUUUAAGGCAUUUUGUCCAUAGCGACAUAUAAAUGAGGAGGCAUUAAAUGGAUAGUUCACCCAAACAUUUUCACCAUUUUCUCUCCCUUCACUUUUUUUCAAACCUGUUUGACUUUUUCUACAGUUGAACACAAAAUAUAUUUUGAAGAAACCUGUGACCAUUGAGAUGUGUUUUGUUUUCCUAUAUGGAUGUCAGUGGUCACAGGUUUUCAGCAUUUAAGAUAUUAUUUUGUGUUCAACCGAAGAAAGAAACACAUAAAUGUGUAUAAUCCCUUAGGUUUGAGUAAUUAGUGAAUACAUUUUUAUUUUUGGGUGGGAUUUAACCUGAAGAGCCAAUACAACUGUAUACAAAAGGACUGGUAUUAUGAGCUGAAGAAGGGAUUUUUUUAGGAUUUCCAAACUGUUGGAAUAUUUCUGUGCGCAAUAUAAAAAAACAUACGUCCGGAUAUUUUAACAAUUUUCCACAAUCAUAUUUUUAUCUCAGAUUGCCAGUGUUUUUUUUCUCUCUCUCUCUCUCUCUCUCUCUCUCUCUCUCUCUCUCUCUCUCUCUCUCUCUCUCUCUCUCUCUCUCUCUCUCUCUCUCUCUCUCUCUCACGCACACGCACACACACACACUGUGAAUAUGGUGCAUUAAUUAACACGUUUUAAGUGGAAAAAAUGUUACAGUUUUGGAGUGAGAGGUGAUUUAACGAUGUACAUUAAAUGUACAUUAGUUACAUGUUUAUCUGUUUUAUGGGGAACGCUGUAUUUGUACCCAGUAUAACCUGUGUUUGAACGAAAUUCUUUAUGGAAUGACAAUUUAAUAAAUUGUUCAAAAAUGUA